UUUUUUUUUAAUAGACAUUUUCAAGCCAAAUAAUUUUUUUUUUUUUUUAAUUGACGUAAGAGCGCACAUACUUGCUAGAAAAAUUUUAAUACUAAAUGCCAACGAAAAGGUCAACCAGAAUAUUCGCACGAUCGAGUGGCGCUCCCGUGAUUGGUGAAACUGCAGUAAUGCAUUCCAAUAUACUAAAGUCGUUCAGUCGCUUUAGUUACUUUCAACGAAUCAGAUCGUAUUGUCGUGAAAUGUGAUAAUAUUUAUAUCGUUAUAAACAUUUGCGUACAUACACAUUUUAUUGCACUUUUAUCUAUGUACAUAUAUAUAUGUAUAUAUAGAUAAGUUGAUAUUUAUAAAAAAAAAAAAGAAAAGAAAAUUAAAGAAAUUUUUAUAUUUAUAGUGAAGGUAUUAAAUAUUAUGACGAAUAAUUAAAAGUGAAUAUCGGCUUAUUGACAAACAUUGUUUUCUUAAUGUAUACAAUAUCUCAAAAUAGCUGAAAUAUCGAAUAAAAAGGAAAAUGUUCGAGCAGCCGUGUUUUUACAAUGACUUAAAGUACGACGAAGCUUGUGUUAAAUUAAGAAAUGAAGAUAAAUCGAAUGCAUGGCUUUAUGCACUUUCAUCCGAUUGCGUUUCGUGUCCAUACGGUCGGAUAUCUUCGAUUUCAACCGCGAAUUAUAGCGUGAAAUUUAAUACUGCCAGAUCUAUGAAAUGGGCGGUACUGAACGUCGAUGGUUCUAACGAAUAUAUAUCUGCUAAAAAUAUCAGUAAAGCGAUAUGCAAACUUUCUCCAAAUUUAGGAGAAUACGGCAGUUAUGAAUUAUUAAUUCGAAACGAUAGUUGUUUCCUUAAUACACUGAUACGACCGACCAAUUCUUACAUCACUCUCCUCAUUGUUUUUGGUAUAAUAAUAUGCUUUCUAAUUGGGAUAUCAUUGUCGCGACAAAUAUGGCAAUUGAUUCAAGAAAAAUGUAUGAAACAUGCCAAUGAUCAAUUAGCUAACGAUCCUACCAAGAAACGACGAGUUAAAUCCAUUGACACAUUUAGGGGGAUUAGCAUUGUGUUUAUGAUAUUUGUUAAUAACGGUGCCGGAGGAUAUUAUCUAUUGGAACACGCAACUUGGAAUGGUUUAUUGAUAGGAGAUUUGGUCUUUCCGUGUUUCAUGUGGAUUAUGGGAGUUUGUAUUCCUAUAGCAAUAUCCUCGCAAUUAUCACGUGGCAUUUUAAAAUUAGAAAUGUUUUUUGGAAUUCUUAAGAGAAGUAUCUUGCUAUUUCUUAUUGGCGUUGCAUUGAACACUCUUGCCAGUAUGCCGCAGCUGGAAAACAUACGAAUAUUCGGUGUAUUGCAAAGAUUUGGUGUUGCUUAUCUUGUAGUUGCAUUGAUGUUUUUAUUUCUAACACCGAGAAAACCUAAAAAAAUUCAGAGUCUAAUGCAUCAACGAUUAAAGGAUAUAUCAAUUUUAUUGCCACAAUGGAUUAUAGUUUUAUGCAUCGUCGUUGUUCAUUGCUUGUUAACGUUCAAACUUUCCGUACCAGGUUGUCCCACAGGCUAUCUCGGUCCUGGUGGACGUCACGAAGAUGGUAAAUACUUUAAUUGUACCGGUGGUGCUGCUGGAUAUAUCGACGAUCUGAUCCUAACACCUAAUCAUGUUUUUCAAAAUCUAUUGAUAAUCACGAUUUAUGGAUCUAAACCUUUCGAUCCUGAGGGAAUUUUAGGUUGCAUGACAACAAUAUUCCAAGUAUUUCUUGGAGUCCAGGCGGGAGAGAUUUUAUUGUGCUAUAAGGAUUGGAAGGACAGGGUCGUAAGGUGGCUCCUAUGGGCAGUAUUUUUAGCUAUCAUAGGAUUUCUUGCCCAUGUUUACGUCAUACCUGUUAAUAAAAAUUUAUGGUCGUUAUCAUUUGCAUUGGUAACGACCGCUUUUGCUCUUGGUCUUUUAUCAGCUUGUUACUUACUAGUGGACGUUGCAAGAAUAUGGAGAGGUGGACCAUUUCGAAUACCUGGAAUGAACGCUCUACUUAUGUACAUCGGUCAUCAAUUAUGCUAUCAAAUCUUUCCAUUUCAUUGGCGUAUCGGUAAUAUGCAAAGUCGUACUUUGGUAUUGGUAGAAGCCAUUUGGAGUGUUGUCCUAUGGACAAUCAUAGCUUACAUAAUGCAUCGUAAGCGAAUAUACAUUACAUUGUGAUCUAACGUUAUUUUGUCAGAAUAUUUAUUUGGAUUUGGGAUAUAAAUCGAUCUUUUCGGCUUGAUAAAUAAUUUAUUUUACACGACUUACAUUAAGUAACAUAAUGACAGUGUGCGUGAGGUAAUCGUUAUUACCAACGUAUACUUUAAUACGAAUUUAUAUUAAGUACAUUGUUUCUUUUAUUGUAUUUUUGUAAACUUUUUUUUUCACAUUUUUUUCUUUUUUUUAAUUA